UCCUUGUGUAGUUUUUCUUUUAUUUUAGACUUGAUUUCUGGCUUUAAAUCCUUCCCUCUUUGUUUUGAACAAAUUUGGACUUCCUUUGGUAAAGUUUUGGCAGCCCACUCCUCAGUGCCAGUGGACGCCCAUGCAUUUUGUCCUUUCCAAAUAGCUGCAAUGGCACAGAGUAUCCUCUGCUUAGCUUGAUGUUCAAAAUAAACCAACAUCCACCCAAACAACAACCUAGUUUUUACAGGGGGUCCAUUUUAGGCUAUUAUUUCCGACCAAAAGCACGUGAAUAGAAGCGGGAGCUUACGAGGAGUACUUGAAGGCAGCAUCUCUGUACCGGCGGGGAGAAGGAAGAGACGCACCAGCCGCUCCACCGGGAGGAAAGACCUGAACCAAUACACCAAGCAGAGGGGAUGAUACACGUCUCCUCUGGUUUCUGACAACAAGAAGGAUUGUCAUUUUAUCUUUCCUCGUCGGACUUCCAGAGAGAACUAAAAGAGGACUGUUUCUACACAGCACAGCAGGCUGGUUUGGCUUGUUUGGGGAUAAAGAUGCUAAAUUUUCCUCGCCGUUGAGAGAAAAGGAGGAGAAGAGGAGAAAAAGAAGAGGAAGAUUGGACAGACGCACGAGACGAGACGGAGGAGAGGAAGGGUAUCCGGCCGGGGGAAAAAAAAAGAAAUACAGAAAAGAUAUCCCCUGUCAAUUUUUGAAAUACCAGGGGAACAGAAACAGAGAAGAGGGUUUUUUUAAAGAGAGAAGCGGAGGACAGGAGACACAUACUGUGCAAAACGGCACGAAAGGAGAGACAUAUAAGGAGGGGGAAAAGCCAGAGAGUCUGUAUAGAAAGAGGGAUAUUUCAGAAUGAAGAGGGAAUGCAGAUCGGAGGAAGUGUGGAUUUGAAGCUCUACCUCCCUCUCUAUCACUCUUUUGCACGGGAACGGGACGGAAUAGAGAGAUAUUGACGACAAGCAUCGCUAAAACCCAGUGGAGAGUGGAUUUAAAAACAGAGACAACCUGUGCGCCCGUCCCUUCUCCUCUUGUGUUUCUGUGCUUUUCACUCUGUGGAUGUUGACUGAAAUCAUUUUUUCGGACAUGAAGGAUUUAUCUAGUCUAUGUUAGAAGGAGGAGGCAAAGAAAACGCACGCGUCCCCCCUCCUCUCCUCCUCCUCCCUCCCCCCUUCUCUCUCUCUCCCUCUCUCCCUCCGUUUUCUGGAUGUGAAGCAGCAUGCGGCCCGGUGAGAGCUUAGAGGGCUCGCGCUCGGCUCGCGGAAGAUGUAUUGAUGCUAAUAAUAUUACUAAUAGCGGCACGGAACGCUGUCUCGCGCACCCCUCGUCGGCAAAGAGGAGGAUGACAAGGGGGACGACGAAGAGGAGGAUGAGAGGGAUGAACGAGGGGAUGACGGACGGAGGAAUGACGGUGAUGCGCUGUUUUCUGUGGAGUCUCGUUCUCUGCUCGCUCUCCUCGCGCGCGCAAGGUUUCAUCUACACAUGUGGCGGUACAAUGAAAGGAAGAAAUGGCAGUAUAGAAUCGCCAGGCUUUCCCUAUGGCUACCCCAAUGGGGCAAACUGCACAUGGGUCAUCGUUGGGGAGGAAGGAAGUAGAAUCCAGCUCAUGUUCUUGUCGUUUGCUAUAGAAGAAGAAUACGACUUCCUGUCCUUAUAUGAUGGACAUCCCCACCCUGCUAACUUCAGGACCAGGUUAACAGGCUUCCAGGUUCCUCCCCCAGUCACCAGUACAGGAAAUGUCUUCUCCUUGAGGUUGACCAGUGACUUUGCUGUCUCUGCACAUGGCUUCAAACUCAACUAUGAAGAACUCCACAGUACAUCUUGUGGAAACCCUGGCAUCCCACCCAAAGCAGUGCUAAGUGGCGGUGGCCGUUUCGCUGUGGGAGACCGUGUGCGGUACAGCUGUGUACCUGGUUAUGUCUUAGACGGCCAUGCCACACUCACCUGCAUCACCAAUGCUGGAAACACAGCCGUCUGGGACUUUCCUGCUCCGAUUUGUCGAGCUGAGGACACAUGUGGGGGCACUGUGAGGGGCGGCAGUGGGGUGGUGACCAGUCCCGGUUACCCCGGCAACUAUGGUAACCAGGCCGACUGUACUUGGAUCCUAUUGGCCGAACCUGGAGACACCAUCUCUGUCAUCUUUACAGACUUCCAGACAGAGGAGAAGUAUGACUACCUAGAAGUGGAGGGAUCUGAACCACCAACCAUUUGGUUGUCAGGCAGUAAUGUCCCCUCUCCCAUCGUUAGCAACAAGAACUGGCUCCGACUGCAUUUCGUGACUGAUAGCAACCACCGUUACCGUGGUUUCAGCGCCCAUUAUCAAGUGAAGCGAUCAGUAGAUUUUAAAUCGCGGGGCGUUAAAUUAUUCCCUGGCAAAGACUCCAGCAACAAGUUUUCAAUAUUAAAUGAAGGUGGUGUGAGACAGGCGUCUAACUCCUGCCCUGACCCAGGAGAGCCAGAGAAUGGAAAACGCCAUGGCAACGACUUCAGCAUUGGCAGCGUGGUUCAGUUCAGUUGUGGAGAAGACUAUGUUCUUCAGGGCAGUAAAACCAUCAGCUGCCAGAGAGUGGCUGAAGUCUUCGCAGCCUGGAGUGACCACAGACCAGUCUGUAAAGUGAAGACAUGUGGCAGUAAUCUUCAAGGGCCGUCAGGAACCUUUACGUCUCCUAACUUCCCAAUUCAAUAUGAGAGCAAUGCUCAGUGUGUGUGGAUAAUUACAGCUUCAAAUCCUAAUAAGGUAAUCCAGAUCAACUUUGAAGAGUUUGACUUGGAGAUAGCCUAUGAUACUUUGACGAUAGGAGAUGGAGGGGAGGUGGGAGAUCCUACAACUAUACUCCAAGUCCUAUCAGGUAGCUUUGUUCCUGACCUGAUAGUCAGUAUGACCCACCAGAUGUGGCUUCACCUACAGUCAGAUGAGAGUGUCGGAUCUAUAGGAUUUAAGAUCAACUAUAAAGAAAUAGACAAGGAGAGUUGCGGCGACCCUGGAACUCCUCUCUAUGGAAUAAGAGAGGGGGACAGUUUUUCAAAUGGAGGGAUCCUUAGGUUUGAGUGCCAGUUUGGCUUUGAGCUGAUUGGAGAGAAAACUAUCUCCUGCCAAGACAACAAUCAGUGGUCGGCAAACAUCCCCAUAUGCAUAUUCCCCUGCAUGUCCAACUUCACAGCACCCUCAGGCACCGUCCUCUCCCCAGAUUACCCAGAAGGCUAUGGGAACAACAUGAACUGCGUCUGGCUCAUCCAAUCAGAGCCGGGCUCCAGAAUCCACUUGGCCUUUAAUGACUUUGACCUAGAGGCACCCUAUGAUUCCCUAACGGUGAAAGAUGGCGAGACAAACGACGCCGUUGUCAUCGGGAGGUUCUCUGGAGCUGAGAGUCCUUCCCAUCUGACAUCCAAUACCAACACACUGAGGCUAGAGUUUCAAGCUGAUCAUUCCAUGUCAGGAAGAGGAUUUAAUAUCACUUAUAGCACAUUUGGCCAUAAUGAAUGCCCAGACCCUGGCAUUCCUAUCAACGCUCGCCGCUUUGGAGACAGUUUCCAGCUUGGCAGCUCCAUCUCUGUGGUCUGUGAAGAUGGUUUUAUCAAAACCCAAGGAACCGAGACCAUCUCCUGUCAGUUAGAAAGAGGAAAAGUCAUGUGGAGUGGGCCAAUCCCUAAAUGUGAAGCCCCAUGCGGAGGCCACUAUUCAGCCCCCAGUGGAGUGAUUUUGUCUCCAGGGUGGCCUGGUUACUACAAAGAUUCCCUCAACUGUGAGUGGGUGAUUGAAUCAGAACCUGGACGCUCCAUCAAAAUCACAUUUGACAGAUUCCAGACAGAGCUGGGUUAUGACUUCCUCGAGAUCCACGAUGGACCCAACCUCCUGUCUCCUCUGGUCGGAUCUUUUAAUGGUACCCAGGUGCCACAGUUCCUGUUCAGCAGCAGCAACUUUCUGUAUCUGCUCUUUACCACUGAUAACAGCCGAUCGAAUGCUGGCUUCAAAAUAUUGUAUGAAAGUGUUACAGUGGACAGCUACUCGUGUCUGGACCCUGGUAUCCCUGUCAACGGUAUUCGGUAUGGACAGGAUUUCUCCAUAGGAUCCACAGUGUCAUUUGGUUGUGAUUCUGGCUACAGACUCAGCCAUGAGGAGCCGCUAGUAUGUGAAAAGAACCACUGGUGGAGCCACCCUUUACCGACAUGUGACGCUCUAUGUGGCGGAGAUGUUAGAGGUCCCUGGGGAACCAUCCUUAGUCCCGGCUAUCCAGACAGCUACCCUUCAUCUCUCAACUGUACUUGGACUGUUGAAGUCAGCCACGGGAAAGGAGUCCAGUUUCAAUUCAAUUCUUUUCAUCUGGAGGACCAACACGACUACCUCUUGGUUACUGAGAACGGGAGUUUCCUGCAACCACUGGCUCGCCUGACCGGCAACGAGUUGCCUAGCAACAUCAAUGCUGGUCUCUAUGGCAACUUCAAAGCCCAGCUACGAUUCAUCUCUGACUUUUCCAUUUCAUAUGAGGGCUUCAACAUAACUUUCUCUGAAUACACCUUAGAGCCAUGUGAGGACCCUGGAAUGCCUCGGUUCGGCAGGAGAAACGGCUACAGUUUUGGCAUUGGAGACACUUUAUCAUUUUCCUGCAAUAUGGGGUACCGCCUUGAGGGGGCACCGGAGUUAAUCUGUCUGGGAGGUGGUCGCAGAAUGUGGAGCGCUCCUCUACCAAGAUGUGUUGCCGAGUGUGGUUCUUCAGUUAUAAACAAUGAAGGGAUCCUUCUCUCUCCAAACUACCCAAUGAACUAUGACAACAACCACGAGUGCAUCUACAGCAUUCAGGUGCAGGCUGGGAAAGGCAUCAACAUCUCUGCUAGAACUUUUCACCUUGCCCAGGGGGAUAUACUCAAGAUUUAUGAUGGUAAAGACAACACAGCCCAUGUUCUUGGAGCGUUCACUGGGUCAUCUAUGCUGGGCCUGACGCUGAUCUCCACUUCAAACCAUCUGUGGCUGGAAUUUUACAGUGAUGCAGAAAAUACAGGAGAAGGAUUCAAACUGGUCUACUCCAGUUUUGAAUUGUCUCAUUGUGAGGACCCAGGCGUGCCUCAGUUUGGCUUCAAGGUCAACGACCAAGGUCAUUUCUCUGGGAGCAGCAUCACAUACAGAUGCGAGCCCGGAUACACCUUGCAUGGGGCUUCCACGCUGAAAUGUAUGACAGGCGAAAGGAGAGCCUGGGAUAACCCCCUGCCUUCCUGCAUCGCUGAAUGCGGUGGUCGUUUUAAAGGUGAGUCUUCAGGGCGGAUUCUCUCCCCUGGAUACCCGUUUCCCUAUGACAAUAACCUACGGUGCACCUGGACCAUUGAGGUGGACUCAGGAAACAUUGUGAGUCUUCAGUUCUUGGCUUUUGACACUGAAGCCAGCCACGACAUGCUGAAGGUUUGGGAUGGACCACCUGAGAAUGAAAUGUCUUUGGCAGAGCUCAGUGGUUCUCUGCUACCCGAGGGAAUCCACUCUACACUGAACACUGUCACUGUUCAGUUUGAGACUGAUUUUUACAUCAGCAAGUCAGGAUUCGCUAUUCAGUUCUCUAGCUCAGUAGCCACAGCCUGCAGGGACCCAGGGGUACCAAUGAAUGGCAGUCGUAGUGGAGAUGGCCGUGAGCCGGGGGAUUCAGUGUCCUUUCAGUGUGACCCAGGAUACGAGCUCCAAGGGGACGACAAAAUCACCUGUAUACAAGUGGAUAACAGAUACUACUGGCAGCCAAGCCCGCCUGUCUGCCUAGCUCCUUGUGGAGGAAACCUGACAGGCUCCAAUGGAUUUAUACUGUCUCCCAACUACCCACAUCCCUACCCCCAUUCCAAGGACUGUGAUUGGCUCAUUGCUGUCAACUCUGACUUUGUUCUGUCACUGGCCUUCAUCAGUUUCAACAUUGAGCCAAACUAUGACUUCCUGUAUAUCUACGAUGGUCCAGAUAGCAACAGUCCUCUGAUUGGUAGCUUCCAGGACAGCAAACUCCCAGAACGGAUAGAGAGCAGUUCAAACACCAUGCAUUUAGCAUUCCGCAGUGAUGGGUCUGUUUCUUACACUGGCUUUCACCUGGAAUACAAAGCCAAGCUGAGGGAAUCGUGUUUCGACCCAGGUGUGGUUCUAAAUGGGACCCGGUUGGGAUCUGAUUAUAAGCUUGGCUCUACUGUUACCUUCUACUGUGAAGCUGGAUAUGUUUUGCAGGGAUAUUCUACUCUAACCUGCAGUAUGGGAGAUGAUGGCAGACCUGGAUGGAACAGGGCAUUGCCUAGUUGUCAAGCUCCCUGUGGAAGUCGUUCUACAGGAUCAGAGGGGACUGUUUUAUCACCAAACUUCCCCAGAAAUUACACGUCUGGACAAACAUGUGUCUACUCUAUAUCUGUACCUAGAGAGUUUGUCCUCUUUGGUCAGUUUGUGUUGUUCCAGACAUCUCUAAACGAUGUGGUAGAGAUCUAUGAUGGGCCCACUCAACAAAAUACACUACUGUCAUCUCUCUCUGGGUCCCACUCUGGUGAAUCUCUCCCUCUGAGUUCUGGUAAUCAGAUCACCAUCAAGUUUACUACAGUCGGACCAGAAACUGCUAAGGGCUUCCACUUUGUCUACCAAGCUGUACCUCGGACCAGCUCCACCCAGUGUAGUUCAGUCCCUGAGCCACGCUUUGGGAGACGUCUUGGCAAUGACUUUGCAGUUGGCUCCUUGGUGCAGUUUGAGUGCAACCCUGGUUACGUCCUGCAUGGCUCUACUGCCAUACGCUGUGAGAGUGUACCGGACAACCUGGCACAGUGGAAUGACACCCUGCCAACUUGUAUAGUUCCCUGCGGGGGUGCGUUGACCUCUCGUCGCGGGACCAUCCUUUCACCUGGUUAUCCAGAGCCGUACGACAACAACCAGAACUGUGUGUGGAAGGUCUCUGUUCCAGAAGGGGCUGGAAUACAGAUACAAGUUGUGAGUUUUGCCACUGAGCAUAACUGGGACUCUCUGGAUUUCUAUGAUGGUGCCGACAACCACGCACCAAGACUGGGCAGCUACUCUGGCACCACCAUCCCCCCUCUCCUGAAUAGUACAUCUAACAACCUCUAUCUCAGCUUCAGCUCUGAUAUUAGUGUCUCAGCUGCUGGUUUUCACCUGGAAUACACAGCUAUCGGUCUAGAGUCAUGUCCAGAGCCUCAGACUCCAAACUAUGGAAUAAGACAAGGAGACAGAUUUAUGGUGGGAGACGUUGUACAGUUUUCAUGUGAACAAGGAUACUCUCUUCAGGGAAAUGCCCACAUCACUUGUAUGCCUGGACCUGUUAGGAGAUGGAACUACCCUGUACCACUAUGUCUUGCCCAGUGUGGUGGGUCCAUGACAGAUGUAAGUGGAGUGAUUUUAAGUCCUGGUUACCCCGGCAACUACCCCAGUGGAUUAGAUUGCACAUGGACAGUCAACUUACCUGUCGGAUUCGGUAUCCAUCUCCAGUUUGUGAACUUCUCCACUGAAGCCAUCCAUGAUUACUUAGAGAUCCGUAGUGGAACACUGGAGACCGGCUCGGUCAUUGACCGAUUCAGCGGUCCGGUCAUCCCAAAACCUCUGUUCAGCACCACCCACCAGACCAGCUUUUUCUUCCACAGUGACUAUUCACAAAACAAACCAGGGUUUCACAUCACGUAUCAAGCCUACCAGCUCCAGAGUUGUCCAGACCCUCGACCAUUUCGAAACGGCAUAGUGAUUGGCACUGAUUUCAGUGUUGGGAUGACAGUGUCGUUUGAAUGUCUGCCUGGAUAUUCUCUGAUUGGGGAGGCUUCACUGACAUGUUUACAUGGAAUCAGCAGGAAUUGGAACCAUCCACUCCCACGAUGUGAAGCUCUCUGCGGUGGUAACAUCACAUCAUUAAAUGGAACCAUUUACUCUCCUGGUCACCCUGAGGAAUACCCCAACUUCCAGGACUGUGUGUGGAGUGUGAGAGUUCCUCCUGGACACGGGAUUUACAUCAACUUUACCGUACUAAGCACUGAGCCCAUAUAUGACUACAUUACUGUCUGGGAUGGUCCGGACCAAUCAUCUCCUCAGAUCGGCCAGUUUAGUGGGAACACAGCUCUGGAGUCUGUCUACUCGACCUCCAACAUCAUCCUCAUCAAAUUCCACUCUGACUUCUCUGGAGCCGGAUUCUUUGUCUUAAGCUAUCAUGCUUACCAAUUAAGGGUUUGCCAGCCUCCUCCAGAAGUGCCCAACGCUGACAUACUGAUGGAAGAUGGAGAGUUGGAGAUAGGCGACAUCAUACGGUACCGAUGCCAUCCUGGAUUUUCAUUGGUCGGCAGUGAGAUUCUAACCUGUCGCCUCGGAGAACGACUACAGAUGGAUGCACCGCCUCCAACAUGCCAAGUCCAAUGCCCCGCACACGAUGUGCGAUAUGACUCUUCUGGUGUGAUCCUGAGCCCUGGCUGGCCAGAAAGCUACCCUAAUCUUCAAAUGUGUUCAUGGAGCGUUACAGUAGAAAAAGGAUACAACGUCACCAUUACCUUUGAAAGUUUCCACACUGAGAGAGAGUUUGACGUGUUGGAGAUUUUUGACGGUCCUACAGCAAACAGUCCCACUUUGGCGAUGCUGAGCGGUGACCUGCCAACACCCUUUAACCUCACAACUGCCGGUCAUCAGUUCCUGGUUCGCUGGUCCUCAGACCACGGCACAAACAAGAAAGGCUUCAAAAUUCGCUAUGUUGCCCUGUACUGCUCCACUCCAGACUCCCCCCUCCACGGCUCUAUCUCCUCUCAGAGUGGCGGCCAUGUUAACAGCGUUGUGCGAUGGGCUUGCGACCGCGGUUACCGUCUCAUAGGCAACGCCACAGCGACCUGUCGCCGCACUUCACUCGGCUACCAUGCCUGGGACUCUCCUGUACCUGCGUGUCAAGCUGUCUCAUGCGGGGCGCCCAAGGCUCCGAUAAACGGCGGCGUUUUAACAGCUGACUACUCUGUCGGAACAAGAGUCUCCUAUUUUUGUAACGACGGAUACAGACUCUCCAGUAAAGAACUGACGUCAGCCAUCUGUCAGCCUGAUGGAACUUGGAGCAACCACAAUAAGAUACCACGAUGUUCAGUGGUCGUGUGUCCCAGCAUCGGGUCAUUUUCUCUGGAGCACGGCCGCUGGAGGAUUGUUAAUGGUUCACACUAUGAAUACAGAACUCGCAUUGUGUUCACAUGUGAUCCAGGCUACUACAGGUUAGGCCCCGCCCACAUCCAGUGCUUGCCCAAUGGCAUGUGGAGCUGGAGAAACGAGAGGCCGCACUGUCAGGUUAUCUCCUGCAGUGAGCUGCCAUCUCCACCCAAUGGGAAGAAGAUUGGUACUCAGGCAUCAUUUGGUGCUACAGCCAUCUUUACCUGCGAUGCUGGCUUCAUGCUGGUGGGGUCAGCUGUCAGGGAGUGCCUGUCGUCUGGGCUUUGGAGUGGAACGGAAACACGAUGUUUAGCUGGUCACUGCGGGAUCCCAGAAGGCAUUGUAAAUGGCCAGGUCAUCGGGGAGAACUUUGGUUACCGUGACACAGUCGUGUAUCAGUGUCUGCCUGGCUUUCGACUAAUAGGCUCAUCAGUUCGAAUCUGUCUCCAAGACAACCAGUGGUCUGGACAGCUGCCCGUCUGCAUACCAAUCAGCUGUGGCCAUCCAGGAAGUCCCAUAUAUGGUCGUACGGUGGGAAACGGCUUCAACCUCAACGAUGUGGUCAGCUUUGUUUGUAAUCGGGGUUAUGAAAUGGAGGGGCCCUCACGCGCUAAGUGUCAGGCCAACCGCCAGUGGAGCCACCCGCCCCCAACGUGUAAAGUGGUCAAUUGCUCUGAUCCAGGCAUCCCGGCCAACUCCAUUCGGCAGAGUAAAAUAGAGCAUGGGAACUUUACCUUUGGCACUGUGGUUUUCUAUGACUGUAACCCUGGGUACUAUUUGUUCGGAUCACCUGUACUCACAUGUCAGCCUACUGGACAAUGGGACAAACCUCUACCUGAAUGUAUAGUUGUAGACUGUGGUCAUCCCGGCUCUCCCCCUAACGGUGUGCUGAGUGGAGAUAAGUUUACAUUUGGUUCAACGGUUCGAUACUCCUGUCUGGGCGGAAGACAGCUGAAAGGAGAAUCAUCCAGGACAUGUCAACUCAAUGGGAUGUGGAGCGCCCCCAUGCCCUUCUGCUCUGGCGACACAGCUGGUUCCUGUGGCGAUCCUGGCAUCCCCUCCCAUGGUUCGAGGGAACAAACUGAUUUCAGGAUCCGUUCCAAGGUUUACUUCAGCUGCACGGAGGGCUACGAUCUCAUUGGUUCUUCUGAGAGGAUGUGCUUCCCUAAUGGCACCUGGUCCGGCACACAACCCUUCUGUAAACCUGUCCAGUGUGGUAACCCUGGCACUCCCAGUAAUGGAAGAGUAUAUCGUUUGGAUGGAACAACGUUUUCUCAUUCCGUCAUCUACUCCUGCAUGGACGGCUACCUGCUCACUGGCGCCACCACCAGGUUGUGUCAGGCCAACGGGACCUGGUCAGGAGUACAGCCCAACUGUACCAUGAUAAACUGCGGGGAUCCAGGUGUGCCAGCAAACGGCCUUCGCUAUGGAGAAGAUUUCACGAUUGGUCAGAAUGUUUCCUUCCAGUGCCAACCAGGAUACAGAAUGGAGGAGGAUGGAUCACCUGUCAGGACGUGCACUCAAAAUGGGACAUGGAGUGGGAAUAUGCCGAUAUGCACAGCGGUGACCUGCCCGGCUCCCCCUGCCAUCAGUAACGGGGUACUGCAGGGCAGUGACUUUGAGUGGGGCAGCAGCGUGAGCUACAGUUGCUCGCCUGGAUAUGAGCUCUCGUUCCCAGCUGUCCUGACCUGCGUAGCCAAUGGCACCUGGAGUGGCAUGCUACCACAGUGCUUACCCAAGUUUUGUGGUGACCCAGGCACUCCAGUUGGUGGUUUCAGAGAGGGACGAAGUUUCAUCUAUCAAUCAGAAGUGUCCUUCAGUUGCGCCCCACCUCUCAUUCUGGUCGGCACAGCAACCAGACUUUGUGAAAGUGAUGGUACCUGGAGUGGAACCCAGCCACGCUGUAUCGAACCGACCAAAACCAGCUGUGAUAACCCAGGAACACCACGUUAUGGCUCCUUAAACCGGACCUACGGUUUCAAGGUGGGGAGUGUGGUGUCAUUUCAGUGCCAGCCCGGUCAUUUGAUUCAGGGCUCUUCCUCUAGAACCUGCCAGCCUGAUUUGACAUGGAGCGGAACACAACCUGAGUGCAUACCACAUGCCUGUAAGCAGCCCGAGAGUCCGCUCCAUGUGGACGUAGUGGGGAUGGAUCUCCCUGGUUUUGGCUACACCUUGGUGUACAGCUGUCAGCUGGGCUACUUCCUAGCUGGGGGCUCUGAACACAGAGUCUGCAAGAGUGACGGCACAUGGACUGGAAAGAUGCCUAUAUGUCGAGCUGGAGAGAAGAAGAAACCUGUGAAACCAGUAACGGGAACCCCCAGCCCAAAACUUAACGUUCCAGAUGAUGUCUUUGCUCCUAACUAUAUUUGGAAAGGAUCCUAUAAUUACCGUGGGAGGAAGCAGCCUAUGACACUGAGCAUCACCAGCUUCAACUCCACGACAGGGAGAGUCAACGUUACCCUUAGCAACAGCAACAUGGAACUGCUCCUAUCAGGAGUGUAUAAGGCUUCUGAGGCCAGGCUGCUCCUGCUGAUGUACCAGGUGAACUAUGUGAACCAGGGAAACCAACUGAAAGACUCAGCCAUCUCUCCAGCCAAAAUCAUAGAUGACUCCUGGACCAUGGAUGGAUUUGUAUCAGCAGAGCCUGAUGGUUCUAGUUACGUAUUCCAGGGUUUCAUUCAGGGAAAAGACUAUGGACAGUUUGGACUUCAAAGACUGGGUCUGAAUAUGUCAGAGAGUCAGAAUUCGCCACCGCCUCAGCUUGGUACCAACAGCAGUUCUGUGGCUAUCGCUAUUCUGGUGCCUUUCUUCGCUCUAAUCUUCACCGGCUUUGGCUUCUAUCUCUACAAACAAAGAACCACACCAAAAACACAGUACACAGGUUGCUCAGUCCAUGAAAACAACAAUGGCCAGGCUGCCUUUGAGAACCCCAUGUACAACACCAACGCCAAGGCGGUGGAAGGGAAGGCUGUUAGAUUCGAUCCGAAUCUAAAUACUGUCUGCACCAUGGUCUGAGGAUUGAUUGUCCUCACUUGAACUUAAUGACUCAGAUAUCUAAGGGGACCACAAUUGGUACAAGGCUGUGAAGGGGGAAAGCCGUAUGCUUUGACUCAAACCUCAACAUCGUCAGCAACAUGGUCUAUACAUUGAUUACAAAAAACCUUCAGUCCCAGUUCAGAAACCUAAUCUCGCCCAGUCAAGGGAAAACUAUCCAUCUGAAACCAAAACUCGGCGUUGGUACCUUUCAUUCGCAGCAUUUUGCAUCCGCAACUGAAUUUAAACAAAUGUAAAAUUUCUGCUAUCUCUGAUGGAUGCAACACAGCCAGUGUAAACUCACAGUGAGAUGUGACGUCAAGAAAAGGAUGAAAACUACACCGGCCUAUGUAUUAUCCAACUCUAACUCCAAGUCUUAGCUGGUCAAGGAAAAUUCAUAAUUUGAUUCUAAACCGAACAUAGCCGUUAUACUUCAACCUCUUAUUUAAUCCCACUCACUGUUUAAUACCAGUAAUAAUGAUAAAGCCAUGACCUGCUAGUCAGAUAUCAUGACAUGUCACCAUAACCCAGUGCCGAAUUUUGUAUUUCACACAGAGCUUUGGAGAGAAUGACCCACUCUCCGCUCUGUGACCGUUAGUCCUUGCCCGGGGAGAGCGAGAGCACAUUAUCAGUGCUCUGGCUGUGGUUAUACAUCAUAGAGAUAAACUGCACUACAAAACUAGGUUGAUUUCAUUUGUACCAUGUUGUCUCCCCAACUGUACUGAACAAAUACUUACUUUGAGGAACACAGAAGCAAAAUGGCUGCGGAUGGCGAAGGAUGUCACAAAAGACACUGUGAAGCAAAGAAUGCUGUUCAUCUGGGUUCAACACUGACAGUAACAGACACUGUCACCAGCAGACCAUAAGUAAACUAGAAACUGACUAGUUGUGAGCAGGAGCCUCUUAAAUCUCUACAAUGACCACGGAAUACAACACCCUAGCAACCAGAGAGGACAACCUCCUGACUCUGUGACAACCAGAGGCUGGUAUUACCAGUCUCUUGUCUUUUUUUUUAUGAAAAUGGAGUCUGAGACGGCUAAUGCUAGCAGACAGUAGCAAAAGUUGCUUUGAAAAGGGACUAACUCCUAAGCAAAGGAUAAGGGGGAGCCCUGGAGACGGAGCUAUAAUCCUAACUGAACUGGGAUUAGAGCAAAGCAAAACUAAAAGGAGUCUAAAGGGGAGCUAGCACUAAUAGAACAGAUGAGAAGAGACUGACUCAUCUAAUGGAUAAACUGCUCCUUCCCAUCCAGUGGAUAAGAGAUGGAGACAACCCCUAACCAAACUGGAAGUAGAGUAAGGGAGUCAUCAAGAGAAAAGAUGAGAUCUUAAAAUCCCAACGCAGCAAAUCAGAGCCUGUCUAACCUGAAAUCAACUACUGAGAGAGGUCAGCCCUCCCUCUAUGUGACGAAUCAGAUCAGACAGAAUAUGGCCUUGAGGAAAGAUGUUCCCGAUCUUGUGAAUUUCAAUGGAUUCUGAUGAGAAAGACGUUGAAUGGAUACAGAGGACUCUGAUGGACUAACAAAGGAAAAAGACUUUGAGAAACAGAGAAAGCUCUGGCACUAAAGCACAUUCUACAGGAACACUACCUGUCUACCCACUGAGAGACGGACAGAUAGAAAGGUUACACAGUCAGAGACACUGACGGGAUUGAGUGACAGACAGAAAAGAUGACAGGUGCACACACUAAUGAAAAUCUAAAGAGACAGAGAGCAGACAGGUGAUAUUAAGAGACAAAAAAAACAGAUAUUGUUAGACGCAAAAAAGAUAGACACGUUCAAGAAGACAAGUAGGGUCUUAAGACUGUUGCAGACUUCCAGUGUCUCCACUCCACAGACAGACAGACAGGUUCAAACACAGAUUAACAGGCUUACAGAAAAACUAAACACAGACAGGCUGAUAGACAUGAGACAUAGACAGGCUUACAGACAGACAUAAAUUGACAGACAAGCUAAAAGACAGACAAACAGGGUUAUAGCCCUACAAAUGUGGACACCGUUCCACUGUAAUUCUGCACUCUGCGAGUGCUUCUCUCCUUUCUUUGUUAUUGCUGCAGAAUCUUCUGAUCUGUAAAUCUAUUGCAUAUAUAUUCGGGAGCAUUCACCACCUAUAUUUUUGUGCUAUAUAUUUACCACAGGGGAGGGGCUGAAGGGGAAAGACAGAUUAUAGCAGAGAGUUUUUAGAAAAAAAAUGAAAUAAAUAUCAGAUAUUACAAUUAUGUGCUGUUCACAGAAGUCACAAACAAUAUUUUUGUUUCCUUUGUGACAUGAAAUUGGUUUUAUUUCCAUUUCUUGUGUAAACGUGACGUUCCUCACACCAACACUGUCUUUCCCACUGAGGCAAUCAUGAUAAGUGUCAGUGGUAUUGUUGUUGUCAUUAUUGUUGAGAUGCAAGGUUUGCCAGCAACAAUCAUGCUGUUUCAAGUUAAUGUUUCAUCACACAUUUAUUACACAUGGCAGAUUUCUAAGAUAAGAUAAGAUGAUCCUUUAUUGAUCCCUGGGGGAGAAAUUCUGGUUAUUCUAUAGUCAUUAAUAGAUGGAGUUUGUGCUGUGGUUGCCAUUAUUUUUCUUCCCCUUCACUGCAGUUCUUGAUCACUGCAGAUACAUAACAGUGUCAUCUAUAAUUUAUAAUUUAACGAUCAGCUGGAACAGCACUUUUUUCUAACCUAACUGGUCAUAUGAAGCCACAGAAACAUGUCAAAACUUACAGAAAACCCAGCUCUUAAUGGAACCCACUGUUGUUUUCCAUCAUCUUUCAUAAGGCCAUGGUGAAAUAAGAAACACACACUGUAAAAUAAAUAAAUAAAAAAAAGAUAUAAUAUUAAUGGCAAAGAUAAUAAUGAUUACUGCUGGUGAACUGCCCGACAGUUUGUGGAUUAUGGACCACAUACAUGUUUUGACCCACGUAGAAAAUGUGUUGUGUAUUGACAUGCCCGUUCUUUUUUGUAUUUUUAUGUCAUAUGUUGACGUGUCGAAAGUAGUUUGGAAAGAGUGGCUUUUAGGGUGUUUUCCAUGGGUUUCUUUGUGAAAUGUUACUAAAAUUAUGACCCAAUUUACUUGUACAACAUACAGGUUGUAACCUUAUUAGGUCUUAAAACCUCAAAGACAAGAUGUGUAAAUCUUAGAAGGAUCAUUACCUUAAGUUCACCUCCAGGUUUUAUAUCACUGAAUCUCGGUGCUCAAGUUGGCUCCUCUGUUAACGAAGCGUUUGGUCUCAUAAAUCAAUACUGAAAUGUCUGGGAUCAUGGUAGUACAAGAAUUCUCUUUUCAGACGAUUCAGAUUUGACCUUGUACUGAAAUCCACAUCUAUUAUAAAUUGGCUUACAAAAUUUACAAACCUUUACUUGGAUGUAAAGAAGAAGUUUGUACUCCCUUUGGCACUUGAGAACUAUCAUACACUUGUGUGUGGUGCAAUAACAUAUAGAUCUUAAUGACGUAUGAUGUAGUGUUUUGCGUGUGCACGUUGCAUUUCAAAGGCUCUGAAGGGCCUUGAACGUCAUUUAUAUCAGAGACACUGAAGCUUUAAGAUGAACUGAUGAUUUGGGAAAAGAUCUUCAAGGUUUUCAAGUUGACAUCAGAGUAAAUUCAAACAUAAAACCAAGGCCACUGAGAUUUGUUAUUUCCCCUUGCGUUGAAUGCUUAUUUUUAUUUUAUAAAUAUAUAGCCUUAUAAUCUCAGCUCACUGUUCCUUGGCUGGUAGUUAUUUUUCAGAUCUGGCCUGCUACCAACUCUGAUAAAAAAUGUUUAUAGCUGGCAACCUUCACCGUGUUUAGCCCCUGUCAGCCACAGGAAGCUGUUGUUGCACAGGUUGUUGGCCUUUCUGAUGGUUUCAUGUGCCGUCGAUAAACCACCGCUGAGAGAAGAUGUCAGAUAUGAGUGUGCAUAACAUCCAUAAUAGUUUCUUAUUGUAAGGGUUGGGCCUGAAAAUGCACCAUAUACUGUACCUAUAUUAAUUGGUCCCCACAUGACAGGAAUACAUACACCAAUGAGCAUGACUCACUGUUUUUCAGCUUUGGUCUCCAUUUAAAAAAAAAGUACUUAUUUUCUUUUAAAGAGCCUGGUUUAAGGAGUGAGAGACAGAAUUUAGUGAGUUUGUGUCCCAACACAUGAUGAAUACCAGUUGCUUUUAAUGAGUCUGGGUGCCAGGGUGAGCAAGAACAUCGACUUUGUUUUAAGAACCCCCGCUGUCGUGACCACAGGCGCUGACUGCAACCAGCUGACAGAAAACUCCUUUUAGAGUCAGAACUGAUUUAAAAGCAACGGUAGCUGCGGUUUCCCCGUUUAUCCACGCUGCGAGUGUCCCGCAUUGCAUCGCUAUGGUGACAUUAUUUCUUAUUACAGUUUGGAUUGAUUGUUGCUGCUGCUGUUGUUGUCGUCGUUGCUGUUGUUGUUGUUUUUCGGUAUGGAUCUGACACAGUGCCUACCAAAAACCAUGGGACUCCCCCCAAGCUCCCCCCAACCCUGUCAUCCACACGAGCUCUUUCAAACACACGCACACACACACACACACACACACACACACACACACACACACACACACACAAACACACACACACACACACACAAACACACACACACACACAAACACAAAAACACACACUUGCUCCAGUCCUCCCCUUCAUCAGAAGUCAUUUUUUUCUAAGCUUCAGUCUAUUUUGCCACAGGCUUUUCCUACUGACUGACCGCAAUAAGACCCAUGUGAUUUGAAAGACUUAAAGCCGUUCCUGCCUGGGGACAUUGGAAAUAUUCACCAUUUGAAAAAAAAAAGAUGAAAUAUAGAAUAAAAAAGUGUUUUGUACAGAAAUAUAUUUUUAUGAUGAAAUUAUUUGUAAAAUGUAUGAAUCUAUUAUGUAAAUUUUCAAUGCAAUGUAAGA